AUGUCAGCGACGAGUGCUGCUGCUAAAUUUGCCAACUUACACGAUCAAAGACAGUCCAAAGAAAACAAAUCACAAAGUAGUGUUGUUGAAGCAGAUAGUAGCAGUUCAGUUCCAAAUAAUUCCAUCAAUUCGAUUGAUCAUACUGCAUAUUAUAUCGCAAAGCAUGAUUCUCCAGUUCAUCCAAGUACAUCGGGGGAAAUAUAUGAUCGCCGUAGAAUGCUAAGAAGUAUAUAUUCCUCGAAACGUCCAGCUCCAGCCACUAAUUAUCGCCUUUCUGUUAAGCCGUCAUCCUUUCCCGUCGUACCACUAAAACUGUUGGAAAAACGACCAAUCUAUGUAUCAUCGCAAUUCUAUCAGGGUAGAACGUCACAACAAGAACAGAUCGAUGAUUUACAAGAGGAGCUGUAUGGAAUCAAACGAAAUUACGCUGCUGCAUUAAAGGAAAACGUUAUAUUAAAAACGCGUUUAAAACGUUCAAAUAACGAAGUAGUAAAGAAAGAUCGUCAGUUACAGAAUCUGUUGUUUAUUCAGUCUAAAGGGUGCGCAUUCGAUGGCCAACAAGGAAACAUGCUUGCAAUGAAGCAGAAAAUUGUAGUGCUGAAAUCGCUUUUAAAAGAGAAGACCAACGAAAUAAGUCGACUGAAACAUGAUCUUGAAGCAAUGAAAAUACCAAAUCAUCAGGAGUAUAUCGAAUCAGAAUGUAACCAGUUGAAGCGUUAUCUCACCUACAUCACCCCUCCAAUCAACAAAAUGAAGACUGAUGUACGCAGUUUGCCGAAGAGACAAAAAAGCAAUAAUGAUAGAAAAUUGAAAGAAACAGUUAGCUUUCUGGAGAAAGAAAAUCAUAAAAUGCGUUCAAAACUACAAAUUUUCUUUAACUCCUCAAAUUGUCCUCCUGAUGUGUUAUCUACGUUUGAACGUGAAGAACUUAUUGCAUUGAUUAAUCAUCUGAAAGGUGAACUGAGAAAGAAAGAAGAGCGAAAAAACAGUUGUAAUGCUAAAAGUGGAUGGUCCAGACAGAAAGAUACUUCACCAGUAUACGUUCAUAAAUUACUGCCAGUGAAGCAUGAAUUCAAAAUACCUACAAAGCAGAUGAGGACUAUCAAUAAGCUCAUAGCACUAAGUAAUGAAACUGAGGAAAAAUCGCGAGCAGAAAUAAUAAAAAUUCAUGCUGAGGAUGAAGCAGAGAGAACAACAAUAUGUACAAUAAAAAUGACAGGAUCACCAAAAGUUGGGACUCCAGUUGAAAAAUCGGGACCAAAUGCUAAUGAUUGGGAAAGUGAUGAUAGUUUUGCAAGAAUAGUGGUUGGUACAAAAAUGGAGAAUGUAACUGAAAGACCAGUUAGUGGAAAAGGAGAUGUAUCUGGACAAGCGGAAGAUGAAAGCAGAGUAGCUGAACAAAAGGAACAUAGAUCUGAGACAAUUCAAAGAAACUGGCAAAAAUAUGAAAAUAAAGAAAAACAAAUUAGUGAACAUCCAGUCAUUAAGGAUAAUGUGGAUGAAUGUAAAAAAGUAUUCGACGAUGUUGCAAAUAGUAAACUGAUAAAAGAGAGCUCAAACAGUUAUGGUGAAGUUCAAGAAUGGACUGAAGAAGAGGAUUCAUCAAGUGAUACGCAUGAACAGCUAGAGAAGGUGGCAUCAAUAAAGAAAAUAGAAAGACAAGAGAAAGUGAAAUUCGAAAGUGCGGAAAGAGUGGAAAUGAAGAAAGAAGUUAUACUCAAUCUUGUUUCCCGAUCAAUAUUACGAACAACAUCAGCGCAUCUGAAACGUUUAGAACUUUUGAUUGCUAAAACCAACUCACAUUCAUCGUCUCCAUGA